CUAAUUUUUCAUUCCAUUCUCUUCAACCACACAACACAAACCCUCAAAAUAUUACCUUCUCUCCGAAAAACCUUUGCACCUUUGAGUUUUGUUUACGUUUUUCAUUGAAUGACAAACACAAAAGGUGUAACCAUGUUAGUAGAGAGAAACACCAAUAAUAACAAUAGCACCAAUAAAAUACAUAGACCAAAAUUUGGUGCUUUUCUACACUCCGAACCCUCGUUAUUUCACACCACCAACAACGACGAUGAUCAAGGCCGUAUCAGCAGUGCCUCGGCCGCGAGUCCCCGAACAUACUUCGGCGACAGCAGCAGCAGUAAUAAUGCUUCUCCUAAUUACAUGUUAUCUCCAUUGAACCAACAAACUUCUUCUCCUCUCAACAAAUCACCAUGGUUAAUGCCAUCAUCAGAAGCAAUCAACCUCUUCCAAUACCACCACAGCCACCGCCACGACAACAAUUACAACGACAGCUAUUUCCCGGAAAAUGGCCUCAUCGGGUCACUAGCUCGCGAAGAAGGUCACAUCUACUCCUUAGCCGUUUCCGGUGACAUGUUAUACACCGGUACCGAUAGCAAAAACAUAAGGGUGUGGAAAGAACUUAAAGAUUAUACCGGUUUUAAAUCAAGUAGUGGUUUGGUCAAAUCCAUUGUUAUAUCCGAAGGAAACAUCUUCACCGGUCAUCAAGAUGGAAAAAUCAGGGUUUGGAAAAUUUCUUCAAAAAAUUCUAGAAAUCAUAAGCGUAUUGGAAGCUUACCAACUUUCAAAGACUAUGUCAAAAGCUCGAUGAAUCCAAAGAACUACGUAGAAGUCCGGCGACGGAGAAACACCGUGAAGGUGAAGCAUUUCGACGCUGUUUCGAGUCUGAGUUUGGAUCAAGAAGAAGGGUUGUUGUAUUCAGGUUCGUGGGAUAAAACUCUCAAAGUUUGGCGCGUUACGGAUUUCAAGUGUAUGGAAUCGAUUAUAGCUCAUGAUGAUGCAGUGAACGCUGUGGUUGCAGCAUUUCAAACCUAUGUUUUCACCGGCUCAGCCGAUGGAACGGUGAAGAUGUGGAGGAGAGACACCGACGGAAAAGGGAAGAAAACGAAGCAUGUUUUGGAGAGGAUUUUGUUGAAACAAGAAAACGCUGUGACGGCUUUGACGGUUAACGAUUCAUCAACGAUUAUUUAUUGCGGUUCUUCUGAUGGAUUGGUUAACUUUUGGGAGCAUCAACAGAAGAAUAACCUCACUCACGGUGGCGUUUUAAAGGGACACAAACUCGCAGUCCUAUGUCUAGCCGCUGCAGGGAACCUUGUUUUCAGUGGUUCCGCCGAUAAGAAUGUUUGCGUGUGGAGGCGCGACGAGAGAGGGGCUCACAUUUGUCUUUCCGUUUUGACGGGACACACUGGUCCCGUCAAAUGCAUUGCCGUUGAAGAACACGAGGAGGAGGAGGACGAUCGCGAUGAUCAACGGUGGAUAGUUUAUACCGGUAGUUUGGAUAAGUCUGUUAAGGUCUGGCGCGUGUCUGAACACGCGCCAGAGUUGAGAUUGAUGCAAGGUUGGAAUUCUCCAAUUGCACCGGGAUUGAAUUAUUCUUCCCCAGGAACAAUCAAUGUCAGCAACAAUAGUAAUAGAAGGCAGUUGCAAAAAUGAAAUAUUUAGAUUUUUUUAUUUUAUUUUUAGAUUCAUGCAUACACAUGAUUAAUUAAUUUUUAUGUGUAUUAAUUUGUUUGUGUAUGAUGAUGACAAUUAAGGUUGAGAAAGAUGGAUGUGUGGAUAUACUAGUAUUGAAUGUACAUACAAAAAAGAAAACUGAUAAUUAAAGAGUAAAGUUGAAAUUAAUUGAAUGAAUUGGUGGUGCCUACUUGCAUGGGCCCCUGGAAAAUGGACGGUUGAGAUUAAUAGUGACAGGAGGGUGUGGUUGUACCUGAAGAAAUUGAAGGGACCAAUUGGUUUCCCUUGUUGCAAGAAAUAAGAUGUGUUUGAUUGAAAUUGAAGAUUGCUUGUUUGGGUGUGCUAUUGAGGGAGAUGGGAGUGGACAGUUACUUAUAGCAGCCAGCAUACCCUCAAUGGGAGGGAGUAAUGGUGGCCUUGACUCAUUACAGGACAUUUUACACAUAAUUGGUAUUGGACAAGGUUUCACUUUCUGUUAUGCUUGGAGAGCAAGAGGACAUUCAAUCUUUUUGUUGCUAUUGUUAAAAUGAAUAUUCAAAGGUUACCUUAAAUUUGUAAUUUUAUUGCGGUUUUAAGGUGUACCAAGAUCAUGUCAGCAAUCAAGGUUCCCGUUUCUUUGGGGUACUUACUUGGGAGGGAGGGAUCAAUUAGAUUCUCUAGUUUUUUUUUUUUUUGGCUUGUAUAUAUUUAUAUACUUUUUGUAGUUGUGACUGUGUUUUAUAUUUCAAGCUGUUUAACCUUG